ACUGGUGUAGACAAAACUGUGUCCCCAAGUGCAAAAAAGGUCAAGGUCAAUCCCACAUCCACAAGGGACAAUGAGGACUGUGUUAUUACAGGUACAGAAACACCUGCUGCUACUCCUUUCAAUUUCCACUCUGUAGAUGUACAGUGGCAGCAAAGUGCAUGCCAAGAGCUGGGCCUCCAAUAUUGUACACAAACACCAGUAAGACCAGGAGGACCCACUGUCCCCCUCACACGUCCAGACAUGCGUAGUGUGAGACGCGUACAGGGAGAUGGUAACUGCCUCUUUAGGGCAUUAUCUUACAUUCUGACAGGGUCUGAGGAUCAGCAUAUUGGUGUACGACAUGCUAUCCUUGACCACAUGACAAAUAAUGCCCAAUAUUUCCUAGGCCACCAUCUCGUAGGCUAUGACAGUAUUCAAAGUUAUAUAGCUUCCACAGGUAUGGACCAAGAUGGCACCUGGGGAACUGACAUUGAGAUGCUGUCUUUGGCACACCUGCUCCAGACCCCUGUCUUCUCAUACAGCCAGCAGCAUGGGCAGUGGCAGCGGUACUCUCCUCAUGAUGUCGACAGACAACUGAUGGAUGACAUUCACCAGAGGUCUAUGUAUCUAUUGCACACAGGAAACCACUUCAAUGUUGUUGGUUCUAUAAGGAAGAGUUAAAGAAGCCACAUGUGCUCAUAUAGACUAUACAUGGCUCUCUGAGCAUGUUGGGGAAGGAGAGGGUGGGUCCCUGCAAUUUAUUGAGGUGGCUUCCCCAUUUCAUGUUCUAACCACCCUCCUAAAGUCUCAGACUUCAUGGAGCUGACUGGUUUCAAAGUGUAGGAAAACUGCACUGUCUUUACCACAAAGUUUUAGGGCACUCUAACUGCAUCACAAAGUUGAGGUAGCACACUGUUAGAGGUGAAUGUCUGUAUAUACACUGACAAUUGUGUUGUAUGCCAACAGUAGUAAGUGAUC